AUUCACAUUAAAAAUAAUUGGAUGACGUCUGAUCUUUUUUUCAUCAAUCAUCUUUUUUUUUUUUGUACACACCUAUUUUUUUUAUUUUUUUUCAUUUUAUUUCUUCCUUGUAUAAAUGAGUAAUAGCAACAAUAAUAGACUAACCAUCGGACAGUACAACAUUAUCAGCACCAUUGGCACUGGUUCCUUUGGCAAAGUGAAAUUGGCAGUGCAUGCUAUCACGGGUCAAAAAGUCGCUCUUAAGUUUAUCAACCGUAAAAAGAUUGCCACGAUGGAAAUGGGAGGUCGAGUCAAGCGUGAAAUUCAAUACCUCAAGUUACUUCGUCAUCCGCAUAUUAUCAAACUAUACGAAGUGAUUACAACACCUACCGAUAUUAUCAUGGUUAUUGAAUAUGCCGGAAGAGAAUUAUUCAACUAUAUUGUGGAAAAAGGCAGAAUGGCUGAAGAUGAUGCUCGUCGAUUUUUCCAACAAAUCAUUUGUGCCGUAGAAUAUUGCCAUCGACACAAGAUUGUUCAUCGAGAUUUAAAGCCUGAAAAUUUAUUGUUAGAUGCGAAUAACAAUGUGAAAAUUGCUGAUUUCGGUCUAUCCAAUAUCAUGACAGAUGGUGAUUUCUUAAAAACCAGUUGUGGAAGUCCAAAUUAUGCUGCUCCCGAAGUCAUUUCUGGAAAAUUAUAUGCCGGUCCAGAAGUUGAUGUAUGGAGUUGUGGUGUCAUUUUAUACGUCAUGUUAUGUGGAAGAUUACCAUUUGAUGAUGAAUAUAUACCCACCCUAUUUAAAAAGAUCAAUGGCGGAAUAUACACCAUGCCACCUUAUUUAAGCUCAGACACAAAAGUCUUGUUGACUUCCAUGCUGGUGGUCGAUCCACUGAAACGUAUCACAAUACCAGAAAUCAGAAAGAACGCUUGGUUCAAUAAAAAUUUGCCGGCGUAUCUUCGCCCAUUGCCUAAUACGGAAGAGAGUGGAAAUCUGUUGAUUGAUGAAGUAUUAGUGGAUGAACUAUCAAAGAAAAUGGGCUAUCCUACAGAGACGAUCAAAAAAGCCCUUAGUGAAACAGAGAAUAAUCAAUUUAAGGUGGCAUAUCAAUUAGUCGUGGAUCAUAAACGCUUACUUCAAGACUCUGAAAACAAUAAUAUUCAAAGUUUCUUCGCUACUUCGCCACCUCCUUGGAAUACGUCAUUGGAAGACAGGUAUAAGGCGUCGAAAGAAGAGGAUGGCCAGUUGGAUGUUGAAUCUUCCAUCUCGGUCCUAAGCUCAAGUUUACCAAAAUCGGAGGCUUUUAUGGAAUCAAGAGCACGAUCUGGUUCCAAUGCAUCUGCCAGAAGUGGAGCUUUACCUAUUCUCCCUAUCAGCGGUACACCACCUCCUGGCGCCAUGACACCCACCCAAGGAGCUCAGCGCACGAGUACCCGUAAAUUACCUAUCGAUACCGCGCCCAAAAAAGCACACAAGCCCAAAUGUCGAUGGCAUUUUGGCAUUCGUAGCAAGUGUCCUGCCUGGGAAGUGAUGCUGGAGAUUUAUCGGUCAUUAAAAAACGUGGGUAUGGAAUGGCGGACGAUGGAUGCGUAUCACUUAAGAUGUCGAUAUCAGUAUCCUACGGUGGGACUUGUGGUCAAGUUUGAUUUACAACUGUAUAAGCUGGAGAACAAUAGUUAUUUGGUGGAUUUCAAAAAUGCAGGUACACAAAGGACACCGGAUGGUACGGAUCCUCUCAAAGCGUUUGAAGAAAAUUUGGAAAAAAAGUUUUCAGAAGAAGUUGGUGAUGAUAAGGAGGAUGUGUCGCCUUAUUUAGCAAGAUGGAGAGUAGAUGAUGAUGUGGAGCAUGUUCAAAGUGUCUAUCCAUUCUUGGAUGUCUGUAGUAAAUUAAUCACAGACAUUGUUUAA